UCCCAAGAGUGCACGGCUUCUCCUGGGGGUGCAGGCAGAGGUUGUCCUUGUUCAGGAGGACACUGGCUGCAGAGGGAAGAGCUUGGCAGCCAUGGGCCGCCGGCUCGUCCAUGGCCUCUCUGGAGCCAUCGUCUUCCUUGUCAGCGUCACUCUCCUGUCCGUGCGGCACCGUGGGGCUCGGGGAACAACCUGGUACCCAGUGCUCAGGGAGGGCACCUUGGAGAAGCCAGAGCAACCCAGCAAAGAAGGAGGCAGCGACAGGGGACGGAAGGACCACCUGCAAGCCCAUCCUCCAGAGGGAUACAGGACUGAGGGAAGCCUGACGCUUGGGGACAUCUUCAUAGCUGUGAAGACAACCAAGAGAUUUCACCAGAGCAGGAUGGAGCUGCUCCUGGACACGUGGAUAUCAAAGACCAGAGAGCAGACCUAUGUCUUCACUGAUGAAGAAGAUGAUGCCCUGAAAAGGAGAAUGGGUGAUCAUGCAAUCUUCACCAACUGCUCUGCCGAGCACAGCCACCUGGCUCUCUCCUGCAAGAUGGCCGCGGAGUUCGAUGCCUUCCUGGCCAGCGGCCGGAGCUGGUUUUGCCAUUUGGAUGAUGACAACUACCUGAACCCUCAGGCCCUUGUGAAGCUCUUGUCCUCCUACUCUGCAGCGCGGGACGUGUACCUGGGGAAGCCCAGCCUGGACCGACCCAUCCGGGCCUCCGAAACGCUGCCCAACAACCGGACGAAAUCCGUGCGCUUCUGGUUUGCCACGGGAGGGGCUGGGUUCUGCAUCAGUCGCCAGCUGGCAAGCAAGAUGGUGCCAUGGGCCAGUGGCAGGAACUUCCUGAGUACCUCCGAGCUCAUUCGUCUGCCAGAUGACUGCACUGUGGGUUACAUCAUUGAGUGCAAAGUUGGUGGGCAGCUGCUGUCCAACAUGCUCUUCCACUCCCACCUGGAGAACCUGCAGCUCAUCCCCACCUCUCAGCUCACCCAGCAGGUCACCCUCAGCUACGGUGUCUUUGAGAACAAGCUCAAUGUUAUUGACCUCAGUGGCCCCUUUUCACCUCAAGAGGAUCCCUCAAGAUUUCGAUCGCUCCACUGCCAUCUCUAUCCCAACACCUCCUGGUGCCUGCAGGCUGUUGGCUGGUGAUGCCUGAGCCUCAACUACAGUGGAUUGUUGUGACAUCCAUUCACCUUUUGCAUGUAGCAGGGUGGAACACUGAAGAAGCUUGAUGCUCCAAAUCUCUAUGAUGGUUUUGAGGCUGUGUGAUGGCUUUUUUUGGUCUUUGCUGAAUACUGAUGACACAGGACAAGAGUCAUGAUCUGUCCCAAAGAGGCAUGACAUAGUCUUCCCAUCUGUGCUGGGAUACAUGCAAGGGAUGGGAGCAGGAUGCCUUCCUGAGGAGAUGAAAGACUGGGUAGUGACUGCUGGGCAUCUGGCUAGAGAUGGGGAC